AUGACUGCGAGGGGUACUAUAUCCGACACUACACGAACAAUUCUCGAAGAGUUGUCAGACAACGCAAAAGAAAAAGUUCCCGCAGACGUCUAUACUCAGUUGACGACUGGCUUUGUACCCGCUGUUAAGGAAGUGUCAAGAGCAGGAAACGAGCUAUUGAAAGCUUAUCAAGCUGUUCAGAAAUGCUCAGAACAAUACGUGCUCGCCCUCAAAACACUCGUGGACUCAUCAACAAAGGCGUUUCCUGGGGCAAAGGAGCAUGGGGAGAAUUUGAAUGAACUAGUGGAUCAGUACUCGAAAAUGAUGGAUUUGCACAAAAAAAAUGCGCCAAGGCAAGAAAGUGGAACACCAGACACUUCUAUUACAAGUCCUAGCCCAGUUGACGUAACCAAACCCGCAUCGACUUCAUUUGUUAAUGCACAGCCUGAGGAGAAGCAUGUGUUGGAAUCAACGCCACCACCGGUAGUACAGGAGCAAAAAACUCCGCGAGCUUCUUUCAUAAACAAAGAGAGCCCAGUCCUAAAUCAGGCACCAAUUAAUCGGUAUUCGCCCAGUGACUGGCCCAACAACACGGCAGAAGCCCCUCGUCGAGAAUAUAUUACGAUGCCAGCAGUAGCUCCGAUGGAAUAUCGGCCUGAAGAACCCGAUAAACGUGAGACAUCUCGCCCACCUAUUGGAGGACGUCUGGUUUUACCUCCUGUUGAACAAAGAGCAUCGCUCUAUCACGUCGAUACGGAGUUUAAUCAGCAAACUUAUGCACCAAGCGUGGUAACUCGCCCCAUUGCACCACUUGCACCAAAACCAGCAGCAGGUAUGCAAACUAAAUAUUAUAAAUCUCUGCCUAAGCCUUCGGUUUAA